AUGGAUACGGUACUCCGGACAGCUGUCUUUGUGUGGAUUUCAGCUGGAUUUCUGUGUGUAGCUGAAAGUACCGAGAACUGUCCAAGAAACAACUUCACGGCAAAGUGUGAAUUUGUUUUCAGAAAUGUAUGUUUCGAGUUUGUUGGAGAACCGAAAACCUAUUCCCAGGCUAGGAGCAGAUGUGAAAAGCAAGGAGGAGAGCUCCUGAAGGUGAUGAACAACCCAACCAAAAUCUUCUUGGACAACAUAACCCGAGACUGGAACACCAACUUCAAUCACACAUGGUGGCUUGAAAAGACAGUUGGAAAGGAUAACUGGAAAUCCACCAAUAAAAACACGUCAUGCACAUACAUGAAAAUGAAUCCUCUCCAGCUCGUAACAUCUGACUGUAAAAAGAAAAGAGGCUUCCUCUGCACCCACAGUUUACAGUCUCCCUCAAACACAAAGCAAACAUUCGUGAGAAAAUUGUCGGAAAGUGUUGACUUACUGAACGUCUCAUUUGCUUUGAACAACACCAAGUCACUCAAUCACAUCCUUAACUGCAGCAGUGCCAUCCUGAGUCUGUCACUGAAAAACUGCAAUCUUAAAAACAACCAAAACUCUAAAGAUUGGUUUGGAGAUAUCUUUAAGGUUUUUGCGAAAGUUGCUAACCUGCUAUCAGGAGAGGACCAAUUUGUCAUGGAAUACCCAAUGGGCACCGUUUAUCAGAAAAGACAAAAACCUGCUGACGUUGGCAGUUCAGUGCUGGGUUCAGAAAAAGUUGGCAAUUCCGCUAAGCUCCCUUCAAAUUCAGUGCUUGGACCACUGCUUAAUAAGUACAGCAACGUCAUCUCUCAGAUGACUACGUUCAAUGAAAAUCCCUAUCCAUCUGAAGACAACAUAACAGGGAGUGUGUGCAGCCUUUCACUUAGUGAUGGAACGCAGGACAUUAAGGUGGCAAACCUGACAGAGAGGGUGGAGAUCUUUUUGGCUCGUCCAAAUGCUGCAGCUCUGAUCAACACUACUGUCGUGUUAGAGAAAAACUCAAAAUCGGUGACUAGACUCAAUGUCUCAGACCCUAAUGUGACGAUCUUCUUCGGCGUGGAGCCCAAUGUGAAUGUGUCACUGGUUCUCCUCUUGUCUCAUGGGUUGCCUCCUAAUAACACAUACUACAGCAACAGAACUGUACUGAACCGCACAGGGGGCUUUCGCUGGAUGAUAACACCAGAGAUGUUACAAAAGACUCCUGGGAUUUGGUAUAUUGAUACAAGAGUUUCUGAUUCUGAACGGCAGCAGGACUUGAUCCUGAAGAUCACCACUUUUACGAGCAAGUGCCUGUACUGGGACCCAGACGCAAAGCAAUGGAGCACUGAAGGCUGUAUGGUGGGGAAAGAAAGCACUCCGCACCGAACGCAGUGUCUCUGUAAUCACCUCACUGUCUUUGGGAGCUCCUUCUUUGUGAUGCCAAACUACGUCGACAUAUCCCGCACUGCGGAGCUGUUUGCCACUGUGAAUCAGAACUAUGUGGUGCUGGCCCUGCUGUGUGCAUUUUUCGGACUCUACCUGAUGACACUGCUGUGGGCCUGCUAUUCUGACCGGAGGGCACGCACAAGGAGAAAGAUGACACUCUUGGAGGACAAUCACCCAGCUGCACAGUACAGCUACCUGAUCGGCAUCCAAACUGGACGCCGCAGAAAUGCUGGGACCAGUGCCAAUGUCACAGUGAAGCUGAUUGGCUCAGAAGCAGAGAGUAACAUACACACUCUCACAGACCCAGAGAAGCCAGUGUUUGAGAGAGGAUCUGUCGAUUAUUUCGUGCUGACCACACCCUUCCCACUGGGUGAAGUGCAGACCAUCAGGCUGCAGCACGACAACUCUGGAGGUCAUCCAUCGUGGUACAUAAACAAAAUGACUGUACAGGACCUCCAAACGCGACACAUGUGGCACUUCUUUUGUGAAUGCUGGCUGAGUUCUGAGCGCGGAGACGGCAUGACCAAGAAAACCUUCAAUGCUGCAAAAGUCAACGAGGUUGCCAGCUUCAGGAACAUUUUCCAGACCAGGACAUCGACUGGAUUUAGAGACGAACACAUCUGGGUGUCCAUCGUGGAUCCUCCCUCACGCAGCCCGUUCACACGUGCCCAGAGGGUUUCUUGCUGCAUGUGCCUUCUGCUCUGUACCAUGGCCAUCAACAUCGCCUUCUGGAACAUCCCUGUGGAUCCAAACUCAACAAUACUCUUUUCAAUUGGUUCAAUAAAGAUGACCUGGCAGGACCUCAUGGUGGGCGUGCAGUGUGGUCUCCUCAUGUUCCCAAUCAACAUCCUCAUCAUCACAAUCUUUCGAAGCAUCAAACCUCGCAUAGUUCCAAAAUCUAAAAAAGCUGGCCCUGAGGAGAACGUGAAACCCCCCAUAGUCAACAUACCGACUGUGCUGAGGGAUGUAGAGCAGAUCAUUUUUUUGGCGAGCAAGAGCCCAAGAAACAAGAUGUUAGAGAUGCACAGACUGGAGUCUGUUGUUGAUCUCUUCUCGGCCUUGGACAGGUUGAAUGAAUUAAUUCAGCACAUGCAAGGAGAGAGUGAGAGCGACCAUCACUUGGUGUACUGCAGCAAGUUUCUCCUAGCUAGUCUCUGUCAUCUCCUGUUGUGCCUGGAGAAACUGGAUUUCAGAUACUUUGCGACUCUAGACCAGUACCAGCAGGCCCUCAACUACACCAACGCACUGGUUCGCAAGACUGAGAUGGUCUUCAGCAGCUACUUGGCCUACUGCCCACCUCCUGCGAAGAAGCCAAAGAAGAAGGCAACGACCAUCCUGGGCUGUUGGCUGCCAUGGUGGUUUGUGUUUGUAGGCUGGUUCCUGUUGCUGUCCAUCAGCGGCAUUUCAACUUUCUUCACCUUGUUGUACGGCUUUCAGUACGGCAAGGAGAAGUCCAUCAAGUGGGUCAUGUCUCUGGGCCUCUCCCUUUUCGAAAGCAUCUUUAUUCUGCAGCCUCUAAAGGUGAUAGGCGUUGCUGUGAUUUUUGCCCUGCUGCUCAAACCUGUAGCUGUAGACGAGAGUGAAGAAGUUGAGCAAGUCCUGUUAGAGCAACAGGAAAAGUGCAGACAGUACAGCGGCAGGGACACGAUGUGAGGUUACUGCAUCAUGGUGUUUUGUAUGUGUACAGAGGUUCCAGUGCCUAUGAAAAUCUUUUUGAAGUUGUGAGUCAGACUAAUGGGCAAUUAAAUAACUGUUCUUGCAUGUGAAAUUCACCAUGAUUACGUAUGAGAAAAACAGAUUUUUUUUUCCUUUUUAAAAAAACUGUUGAUACAUUCAUUUAAUGCUAGUGCAAAACACAUAUAGAGAUUCAGACAUAUGUAAACACGUUAAGAACUAUUAUCAUUGAGUGUGGAAAAAAGCUGUCCUUUAUCCAAUAAAGUACAAUAAAGUAGUGAUCCAGGAGAAAUAGGAAAAAUUUCAACAGAAAAAAACCUGCAAAGAAUUAUUUUUCAGUAACUUUAACACAGCUUUCUGUUUAAAUGCUUCCCUAUGAUUCUAACGGUUAAUAGCAUUCACUGUCUCCUAUCCGCUGACUGUUAAUGAAGUUGUGUGAAAUAGUGUGAAGGUGCUUUUAUGUUGCUGCCCAUCUGGGAGCUAAUGAUUAAUUGAUUACAUUUUUCAUUUCACUCCUGUCACUGUAAUUGAUUCUGAAAGUGCGUUUCAUGCCUCUUUAUCACUCUUGGCUGCAUCUUUGAGAUUCAUUCAGUCCUCAGUUUAAAAGGCUUAUGUAACAGAUCUCAUUCAAGUUUGUGCUUUUGGUUUGGGAAUACAAGCUGUUCUUCAGACAGCUGAUUGUCCUGUCUUAGAUCUUCUGUGCUUAAUCACAAAUGAUUU